CCCAUGGCUAGAUUCAGAUAUGCAGUGGAAAACCACAGGAGGACUGUUUCUCACUUGGAUCUCCAAAUGGUGACACUACCGUAUGCAGUUCUUCAGAGACACAACUUGAAAUAUUUUGAUAAAAUGAGAUGCUUGCGGAAACGAUCAGCAGUGUCGUUCUUAGGAAUCCUUGUUGUUUGCUUGCUCUUCAUGAACUUGUACAUUGAGGAUAGUUAUGUUUUGGAAGGGGACAAGCAAUUAAUCAGAGAGACAGCCACGCACCAGCUCAACCCAGAGCGUUAUGUUCACAGUUUUAAAGAUUUGUCUAAUUUCUCAGGAUCUAUAAACAUUUCCUAUCGCUACCUAGCUGGCACACCUUUGCCAAGGAAAAGGUAUCUUACAAUUGGACUAUCCUCUGUAAAACGGAGAAAGGGAAACUACUUGCUUGAGACCAUCAAGUCCAUAUUUGAGCAGUCAAGCUAUGAGGAACUCAAAGAAAUUGCAGUGGUAGUACAGCUGGCAGAUUUUGACUCAGCCUGGUGUGAAGGGAUGGUCCAGGAUAUUUCACAGAAAUUUGCACAUCACAUAAUUGCGGGCAGAUUAAUAGUUAUUCACGUCCCUGAGGAUUACUAUCCUGUACUGGACGGCCUUAAGAGAAAUUACAAUGACCCCGAGGACCGUGUGAAAUUCCGAUCAAAACAAAAUGUAGAUUAUGCUUUCCUUCUAAACUUUUGUGCUAAUCUUUCUGACUAUUAUGUGAUGCUGGAAGAUGAUGUUCGCUGCUCAAAGAAUUUUUUGACUGCUGUUAAGAAAGUAAUUACCUCACGAGAAGGAUCCUACUGGGUGACGUUGGAAUUCUCCAAGCUGGGGUACAUUGGAAAGCUUUACCAUUCCCAUGACCUACCACGCCUGGCCCAUUUUCUAUUGAUGUUUUACCAAGAAAUGCCUUGCGAUUGGUUGCUCAUCCACUUUCGUGGGCUGUUAGCUCAAAAGGAAGUGAUACGUUUUAAGCCAUCUCUCUUCCAGCACAUGGGAUACUACUCAUCUUACAAAGGAGCUGAAAAUAAGUUAAAGGAUGAUGAUUUUGAAGAGGAGUCCUUUGACAUCCCUGACAACCCACCUGCAAACUUGCACACCAAUAUGAAUGUAUUUGAAAACUAUGAGGCAAGCAAGGCUUACAGCAGCAUUGAUGAGUACUUCUGGGGCAAGGCUCCUUCGACUGGAGACUUCUAUGGGAUUGUAUUUGAAAAGCCCAUUAAAAUCAGUAAAAUUAAAGUUGUCACUGGAACUGAAGAUCGGCAAAAUGACAUUUUACAUCACGGGGCCCUGGAAGUAGGUGAAAAGAUUGUAGGCAGUAAAAAAGGAAGACAAUGUACGACUUACUUGAGACUAGGGGAGUUCAAAAAUGGGAAUUUUGAAAUAACAGAUGUAGAGCACAAAGUUCUGUUUGAUAUUAACUGCAUGAGAAUACUUGUUACUAAAAGUCAAAAAGAAUGGCUGAUCAUUAGGAGCAUUAGCGUUUGGACUUCUCAAACACCAAAUCAAUAGAGCGAGGCCACCUGAGAAGGUACAGAGUGCAUACAAUCAACUGGGUCACAACUGGUGCCACUCCCCAGAAAAACAAACACUUCAGCUCUUCACUAGAGACACAGAAUAUCUGGGGAAAUCACAAAACAAGUAAAGCAAUUUAUUUUUUACCAGUUUGGUCAGGCAAUAUACAAACAUUUUAUUUGUUGAAAAUUUCGAAUUUUGUAGAAAACAAAAGGUUCUCAAACCUCUCUUGAGAUCUUUAAACCCUUUUUUUAUUAUUAUUUCUCUGUAAGAGAGAUCUUGUGGACUAUACAGAACAAAAAAAAAAUCUGUCUUAUAACUGCCAAAAGGUUUAAAUCUAUGACCAUUAUACCAUUAUGUUGUGAAAAGAAAUUGGAUUGCACCUUAUGCACAUAAAAAUUUUAAAUCCUAUGGUAGUAUGCGUUUGUACUGUAGUUGGUAAUGUGUUUCUUUUCCAGGCAGUUAUGACAAGAUCUGUCCUGAAACUGGCAGUUUACUUCUGAGCACUGUAAGAAAAUAAUGUGGCUAGUCAUUGCAACUUCUUGUCAAAAGGGAAUGUAUAAAAUUAUAAAUCUGACAUAACAAUUAUGUAAAAAAUAGAUAAUUGCAUCUGUUUUUCUGUCUCAACAAAUAUCCUUUGUUCUUUUUCCUGGCUCCUUUCACUGAAAUGAGCACUACUUGGAUUCUGUAUUACAUAAGGGACCAAUUUAUUCUCCUUACUUGUUCAAAUUGCCUCACACCAAGCAAGCCUUCUGCUUGACUACCAAUGUCAGUAUCAAACCCAGGUACCUCAAGAGCAGCAUAUGUCUCUUAGAGAGGCAUCUCAACAGAUCUCAGCUUCAACAAUUUUUGUUCCUUCACGAUAUGGAGAACUCCCUCUGAGAAAUUUGCAGAUAGCUGAAUACUACAGCAUGGUUUCCAAGGGUUGUCAUACCAUCCAUAUCUACCUGCCCAUGCAUGAUACAAAUGCAAAAUGUGCUGGGUUAAUCCGUUGGGUGUGAAUGUAAUCUCCAGUCCGUCCUGGAUGAUCUGUAGUCAACAGAAGAGAUACAAAAUUAAGAAUCUUAAUACAAUGAGAAAUUAAUAUGUUUCUUAAUUAGGAGGGGUUUGGGUGUUUGGGGGUUUUUUUAAGUUUUCUAAUUCUGAUUGUAUUAGUAUUGUAGACAUCUUCCCACUGCCUCUGGUUAUUUCCUAUAAAUAUAUUUUGCCUGGCUUUAGACAAUAAGCAGAAAGGUUUCUCCAGUCCAUAUGACUUCAGUGUUAGCUCUGGGCUUCCAGUGCAUCACACAAGGAAGCUGUAUAGCAUAUGAUUUACACUAUGUGCAUAGAUUUAGAUUAAGAGAAUCUAUGGGUUUUUUUCCUCUAAGAAAUUCCCUAGAUUGUCUCAGUAGACACACUAAGAAAUACAUGAGUUGCAAGUGUGACAGAGAUGAGCAUUCUAUUGUCAAACUCAUGAAAACUGUGCUUAUCAUCUGAUUGCAUUUAGGAGGUUUAGUUAAACCUGGAAGGCAAGAAUUAAAUUUCAAGAAUGCUUGCACUGACAAAGACUGAACUAGCUACUGGAUGAGUACAUACAAACCUAACAUGGCUAUUUCAGAAAGAUAAAUUAUUUUUAAAAUCUACACAAAACAUCAAUGCAAUUGAUUUUCCUGGUUCAUAAAUCUGGAGUCUAGCUUUGGCAAAUCACCCAAUACAGAGGUAAGGUAUAUUGUCAAAUAAAUCUUCUGAUAUAUGCUUCUAUCUAAUUCAGAAAAAGAUCUUUUUCUCAAAGAAACUCUUUGCUUCUUUGUUCCUUAAUAUAUACCUAAAUCACUGUUUUUUUACAUACAUAUUUUCAAUAAAAUGAAUUCAAAAUGUCCUACGUGUUCAACUUGAAAAGGAAAAUUAAAGCUCUCUUUAAAAAAAAGGGAAAUACAUACUAAUUUUAAAUUAUUAUAAAUACUUAUGAAGGACUUACUUUUUAAUAUUGAUAUUCCACAUUUCAAAAAUAAUUAGCUGGUAAUUAGUGAUUAGUCAAUCCCCAUUUUAUUUUAAAUAAGCUGUCAGUCUUCUAUAGAAUCACAGAAUGGUUUGGGUUUAAAAGGACCUUAAAGAUCAUCUAGUUCCAGUUCCCCUGCCAUGGACAGAAAUUUCUUCCACUGGAUCAGGUGGCACAGAGCCACAUCCAGACCAGUAUUGAACACCUCCAGGGAUGAGGCAUUCACAACUCCUCUGGACAACCUGUUCCAGUGCCUUGUUGUUACUGCAAUAAAGAAUUUCUUCCCAAUAUCUAUUCGAAACCUACUUUCAGCUCCAAGACAUUCCCCCUUGUCCUGCCACUACAUGCCCUGGUAAAAAGUCCUUUUCCAGCUCUCUUGUAGGGUCUCUUCAGGUGCUAUAAGGUCUCCACAGAGCCUUCUGUUCUGCAACUGAACAACCCCAACUCUGAGCAUUUACUCGUAGCAGAAGUGCUCCAGCCCUCCAAUCAUUUUCAUAGCUCUUCAUUUUAUCCACUUGAUCAUUAACAUGUAAUUCAUUACCUUUCCUUGAUCCCUAACUAUUAGGGCCAAAACAAACAUUACUAGGUUAAACAGGAACCUUUACUUUUAUUCAGAAAUGCAAUAUGUCUGAAGCAAUUUUCUAAAUUAGAAAAUACACUCAAUCCCAAGAUCUCAAAUACUCUUGUAAUCAAAACCACAGACAAUGUGAAUGGCUAGUACAAAUUAAAUGUUCUCAACAUAGGCCUAAAUGGUAUUUUUUAAUUACAAGCUGAACAAAACUGCUUUCCUUUUCAAAAAAACACUUGUAAUGGAUCUCAUCUUUGGCACAAUGGCUUAGCAGCAAGAUCUCUCAUCUGGUUGUUACCACUUUUAGGAGAUCACACUCAAAAAUGCCCUCAGAGAAAGCUUUCCUUGGCUGUGAAUACUGGUAAGUGCUAAGAAUGAGAGGCAUGCACCAUUCUUACUGUUGAAUUUGACCUGGUUUUGAAGAAAUAAUUAAUACAUUUAUUCCAGGAAAUCCUAGAAUUCAGUUAUAAAAGCUAAUGUUUUGAGCACUCAUUGUAGGGCAUCCAGCUUCUCCUUCACUGAACACAUAUUUUAUCCAUCAUAUUCACAAAAAAAAUGGUUACCAGAUUCUGGAAGGAUAAAAAAAAAAAAAAGAAAAAAGAAGCCAUAAAAUAUCUUUUUGUGGCAGCCAAAACUGUCCCCCAGCACUCGAGGUGAGGCCACCCCAGUGCAGAGCAGAGUGAGACCCACUCCCUUGCCUGGCUGGUGAUGCUGUGCCCCAGGGCAGGGUUGGCCCUCCUGGCUGCCAGGGCGCUGCUGACUCGUGAUCAACUUGCUAUCAACUGAAAAUCCCAGGUCCCUUCCCACAGCUCUGCUUUCCAGCUUCUCAUUCCCCAGUCUGUCCACACAUCCAGGGCUGCCCCAUCCCAGGUGCAGAAUCCGGCACUUGCCCUUGUUCAACUCCAUAUGGUCAGUCGCUGCCCACCUCUCCAACUUUUUGAGGGCUCUCUGCAGGGCCUUUCUGGGAGUUGACGGAUCCUCCCAGUUCUGUAUCAUCUGCAAACUCGCUUAGUAUCCCUUCUAGUCCUGCAUUUUGAGUCAUUUCUGAAGAUGUUGAAGAACACAAGGUCAAGAAUGGAGCCCUGUGGAACCCCACUAAUGACAGGACCCGAGUCCAAUGUCACCCCUUUCACUAUAGCUCUUUGUGAGCCAGUUGCUAUCCCAUCACAUCCCAUCACAUCACAUCACAUCACUUCACAUGAUGUGUUUAUCCAGCUGUGUGUUGGAUAAUUUUCCAGAAGAAUCCUGUGAGAGACACUAUCAAAAACUUAGCUGAAAUCCAAGAUCACAUCGACCACCUUCCCUUGAUGAACUAGAUGGGUCACCUUGUCAUAAAGGGAAAUCAGGUUUGUUAACCUGGACUUCCCUCUCAUGAAGCUGUAGUGGCUGUGUCCAAUGACUGAGUUGUCUUCUGGGUGUUUUUCACCUAAAUAAUCAUCAUAACAUUACCAGGCACUGAAAUAAGACUGAGACUUUCCACAAAUUCUGAAAAUAUUGCACUGUGGUCUGGACUGUGAUGCAUCUGUUCUGAACUUACCUACAUGUAUUGUUCCUACUAACACUUUUUGGGAUUGCUGAUUGUAUAACAUAGGAAAUUCUUGGGAAGUAAAAUAUUUUUCACUUCAAAUUAAAAGAAGAAAUGAGCCCUUACUGGAGAAUGAACAAAUCCAGGACAUGGCAAUUUUCAGGACAACCAGUUUUAGAAUAUUAAAGAUAACUACUAUGAUAUGGGUAAUUCACUAAGAUUCUAUACAAAUGUAAUAUUUUUUAGAUCAAUCUGAUAUGGUGCUCUGUUUUACUGUCUGGUCAGUAUUCUCCUAUGUAAGACACUAAUGUUUCAUCUUUUAUAAAAGGACAUUGGAAACUUGUUCAUUAUUGAAUUGCUACAAGUUAAAUAAAGAGCAAACUAUGACACCUUAGAGAAGAUUUCAUUCUGGAAACUUAUUAAAGUAACAAACCCAAUAUCUAACUGUCUUAAAAGCUGCAGAUGACAUCAGCUUUCAUUGUGAAGCAUUUCAGAGAAUCUGAUGGAAAUAUUUCUUACGGCUCUCUAGUUAAAUUUGCAGU